AUGGGCUUCACCUACCAGUCAUCGCAGCUUAUAGCUUCCUCUCCAGGAAAGAGCGGCCUUGUCCUCUGUGUUCCAGACAUGAAGAAACCAAACAGCACACGACGGACAUACUCGAGGCGACUGUCCAUAGGCUCCUUCAGUGGUCACAGCAAAGCGAUUUCGAAUUCCCAACACCAAUCGAGCAAUUGCGAACCGUUCGAGUACCAAUUCCUGCGAGGUUAUGCUCUUUUCGGAGAUACAGCCGCCUCUGUGCCCAGCAGCCUCCUCGUAAGGCAAACGACUCAGCUGACAGAAAGCCCAAAUGAGGUACUGAGGUACUUAAGAAGUUGUACGCCGUACUGCCAGCACCCGGUGUCCUCCACCGCCCCCUUUGCGAUCCGUCUCAGCCCGACCCGCAUCACCAUACACCUCUCACGAUUCUCCACGAGGCCAGCAUCCCCAUGUCUUGCACCUGCUGUGGUUUCCAAACUCGGAUGCCGGACACAUGCCACGAACACGUUCGCGGCGCGGAAGCAUGGCAUGCCCGAUCUGUGUCGCUGCAGCCAGCCAAUGUUUGCUGUCAUAUGGCUAUGGAAGGGUGGUUCGCAUGGCCGCGGAACUCGGGCCGAUCGGUGA